AUGGCUUUAGUCCAAAAAUACGGAAAGCCAGAUAUUUUUCUCACAAUGACAUGCAACCCGAAUUGGGAAGAAAUAAAAGUUGAAUUAUUACCGGGUCAAGUGGCACAAGAUCGUCCAGAUUUAUGUACCCGGAUUUUUCGCGCCAAAUUUGAAGAGUUAAAGGAAGAUGUUAUUAACAAAGGAGUCUUAGGUAACAUUAUUGCAUAUGUUUAUGUCAUCGAAUUUCAAAAACGUGGUCUCCCGCAUGUUCAUAUGCUCCUUAUGUUAAAUGACGAUGAUAAACUGAAUAGCCCUGAUGAUUAUGACAAAAUUGUUCGAGCUGAGAUACCAAGUCAAAAUGAAGAGCCAAAGUUGCACAAUGCAGUAUUGAGGCACAUGAUACAUGGUCCAUGUGGAAUACAUAAGCGAAAUGCCCCAUGUAUGAAGCGUGGAAGUUGCAAACGAGGUUAUCCUAAGCCUUUUUCAACCAAUACAAUUCAAGGGAAUGACUCUUAUCCCAUUUACCGCAGGCGAGACAUUCACUCAAAUGCAGAAGUUGAUAACAGUUGGGUUAUUCCGUAUAAUCCUUGGCUUCUUGCAAAAUAUGAUUGUCAUAUUAAUGUUGAAAUUUGUUGCAGCAUUAAGAGCGUUAAGUAUUUGUACAAAUAUGUAUACAAAGGUCCAGAUAAAGUAACAUUUGAAGUUCAAAGCGAAGCCAAUGAAGAUGAAAUAAGGAAUUUUGUUGAUGCGAGAUGGGUGUGUGCACCAGAGGCUUUGUGGAAAAUAUUCAAAUUCGUGAUGAACCGAAUGUAUCCUUCCGUUGAACGAUUGCAAAUCCAUCUUCCAGACAGACAGAAUGUUUUUUUUAAUGCAUAUGAAAGAGUAACAAAUAUCCUUGCUAAUGAUAGGAACUCGAUGACAAUGCUUACAGAGUUUUUUACAAAGAACAAGUACCAUGAAAGUGCGCGUCAAUACUUAUAUCGAGAAUUUCCGGAAAGAUUCAGAUGGAUUGACAACCAACGGACAUGGGAAGAAAGGCAAAAUAACCAAAAGGUAAUUGGUAGAAUAUACACAGUAUCCCCUUCAGAAGGAGAAAAGUUCUACUUACGUGUUCUUUUAAACCAUGUUAGAGGACCUACAUCAUACGAGGAUUUAAGGACAGUAGAUGGCAUCUUGCAACCAACAUUUAAGAAGGCAGUUGAAAAACGAGGUUUGUUGGAAGAGGAUGAUAGUAUCCGACAGUGUUUAAAUGAAGCAUCAACCAUACGUAUGCCUUUAUCUUUAAGAAGAUUGUUUGCCACCAUCUUGGUUUAUUAUGAGCCUAUUGGGGUACGAAGUCUAUGGGAUGAAUUUUAUAAAUUCAUGAUAGAAGACUAUACUUCCUCAAGCACCAUAGACAAUGCACAUAUCAGAAACAAACUUUUGCGAGACUUAAACGAAUUGUUGGCGCAACAUAAUAAAUCUAUUGUUGAUUAUGAUUUGCCGCAAAUGACUGAAGAUUACAGUGAAGAUUCUACACUUCCUAGACUAAUACAAGAUGAAGUUUCAAUUAUCAUUCCUCAACAAGACCGCAAUGCAGUUCAUCAUCUGAAUGAGGAUCAAACAUCUGCGUACAACACAAUAAUAUCUGCUAUUGAGUGUAAAAACAAUGCCAUAUUUUUCAUCGAUGGUCCAGGAGGGACUGGAAAAACAUACUUAUAUCGUGCAUUAUUAGCCACCUUGAGAAACAAUGAUCAUAUUGUACUAGCAACAGCAACUUCUGGAAUAGCAGCAACUAUACUUCCUGGUGGGAGAACGGCACACUCAAGGUUUAAAAUUCCACUCAAUUCUGAUGUAUCUUCCACAUGCUCCAUUAGUAAACAAUCCAAUUUAGCAAAAUUGAUACAGAGAUCAUCGGCAAUUGUUUGUGACAAAGCACCAAUGAUGCAUAAAUAUGCGUUUGAAGCUCUUGAUCGAACUUUUAAAGACAUAACAGGAGUUGAUUUGCCAUUUGGAGGUAAAGUCAUGAUCUUCGGGGGAGAUUUCCGACAAGUUCUGCCAGUUAUCCAUAAAGGUACAAGGUCAGAGAUGAUCCAGGCCAGUCUGAUUAAUGCUUCAUUUUGGAAAAAUGUAAAGAUUCUUCGUUUGAGACAAAAUAUGAGAUCCAUCAAUGAUCCAGAGUUCUCAAAGUUUUUACUUAAUGUUGGUAAUGGAGAACAACCAUAUGUGACUGAAGACAUGAUAAAAUUACCGUCAUGUAUGGUGAUACCAUGGGAGGAUAAACAGUCAAUCAACCAAUUAAUUAGUGAAAUUUUUCCAAAUUUAGAAUCUCAUAUAAAUGACGCAACGUACUUGGUUGAGAGGGCAAUAAUCACUCCAAAGAAUGAUGAUGUUGAUGUACUUAAUGAGAUGAUUAUAAGGCGAUUUCCAGGGCCUGAACACAUUAUGUACUCUUUUGACUCAGUUGAAGAUGACACCAGAAAUAUGUACCAACAAGAAUUCUUAAAUUCAAUUUCACCUUCUGGUAUGCCCCCACAUCAAUUAACUAUAAAAAGAGGUGCCCCAAUUAUACUUUUGAGAAACAUUGACCCAAAAAUAGGAUUAUGCAAUGGUACAAGAUUGGCUUGCCGUGGAUCAUAUAAGAACCUUAUUGACGCAGAAAUUUUGAAUGGUCAGUUUGCCAAAACGAGAGUAUUUCUACCAAGAAUCUCUCUGAAGAGUGCCAAGACUUCUGGACUUCCUUUUGAGAUGACAAGGAAGCAAUUCCCUGUAAAGUUAAGUUUCGCACUUACUAUAAACAAAUCACAAGGGCAAACAAUACCAAAUGUUGGCAUCUACCUUCCAGAUCAUGUAUUCAGUCACGGGCAACUAUACGUAGCUUUAUCACGAGGAAUUUCAAGAGCUACCACAAAAGUGUUAGUAAAGAAAGGUUCAUUAGAAGGGGAGGAAGGGGUGUUCACAAGAAAUGUUGUGUAUAAAGAGAUUUUACUUUCUUCAAGUUAG